AUGGGUUAUUCUAAACGUCCUCGCGAUGAUAAGAAGAGCAAAGGCGGGCGGUCUAAACAUGCGGGGGAUAAGGGAUCCGGCCAACCGCGAGUAAAGAAGGCCGUGUUUGAGAGCACCAAGAAGAAAGAAGUCGGCGUGUCAGACUUGACACUGCUCAGCAAGGUGUCCAAUGAAGCUAUCAACGAGAAUCUGAAGAAACGCUUUGAGCAUGGAGAGAUUUACACAUACAUCGGCCAUGUGCUUGUCUCUGUCAACCCAUUUCGAGACCUUGGAAUAUAUACCGACGAGGUCCUCGAGUCGUACCGCGGGAAGAACCGUCUCGAAGUAAAACCACACGUCUUCGCAGUCGCCGAGUCAGCAUACUAUAACAUGAAAGCAUACAAGGAAAACCAGUGUGUUAUUAUCUCAGGAGAAUCUGGUGCUGGAAAAACCGAAGCUGCCAGGCGAUUGAUGCAGUAUAUCGCAAACGUCUCAGGAGGCUCGGAUUCUUCAAUUCAAGAAACUAAGGAUAUGGUUUUGGCAACCAAUCCGCUCCUAGAAUCGUUUGGAAAUGCGAAAACAUUGCGCAACAAUAACUCCUCACGAUUUGGAAAAUACCUAGAACUCCAGUUUAACUCGGUUGGAGAACCUGUUGGAGCUGUGAUCACAAACUAUCUAUUAGAGAAAUCCAGAGUCGUGGGCCAGAUCACCAACGAGCGCAAUUUCCACAUAUUCUACCAAUUCACGAAGGCUGCUCCCCAGUCAUAUCGAGAAUCGUUUGGAAUUCAGAAACCUGACGCCUACUUAUACACAAGCCGCUCAAAGUGUUUUGACGUGCCUAAUAUUGAUGAUUCAGCCGAUUUUAGAGAGACCAUUGAAGCCAUGAAGAUCAUUGGCUUGAGCCAAGCUGAGCAGGAUAACAUCUUCCGCGUACUAGCUGCCAUCCUCUGGCUAGGAAACAUGCAGUUUGUCGAGGAUGACCAGAGCAAUGCCACUAUCACGGACCGGUCAGUUAUUGACUUUGUUGCUUAUUUGAUGGAAGUUGAUGCGGACCAGGUUCAAAAGGCCCUCACUCACAGAAUUGUCGAAACUGCGAGAGGAGGUCGAAGGGGCUCCGUCUACGAGGUUCCAUUAAAUACAGUACAAGCUCUGGCCGUUCGUGAUGCCCUGGCAAAGGCCCUCUACUUCAAUCUCUUUGACUGGAUCGUGCAACGAGUGAAUGCUUCCUUGGUCGCUAAGGGAGCUGUUUCAAACUCCAUCGGUAUCCUCGACAUUUAUGGGUUUGAGAUUUUCGAGAAAAACUCGUUCGAACAGCUUUGUAUCAACUAUGUUAAUGAAAAGCUCCAGCAGAUCUUUAUUCAAUUAACAUUGAAGACUGAGCAAGAAGAAUAUGCCCGGGAACAAAUACAAUGGACUCCCAUCAAGUACUUCGAUAAUAAGGUUGUUUGCUCGCUAAUUGAAGACAAGAGACCGCCAGGAAUCUUUGCCGCUCUCAACGACGCAUGUGCCACUGCCCAUGCGGACUCAGCGGCAGCAGAUCAAACCUUCGUUGGAAGAUUGAAUUUCCUCGGCCAAAAUCCAAACUUUGAGUCUAGGCAAGGCCAAUUUAUUGUCAAGCAUUAUGCCGGCGAUGUUUCUUAUGCCAUUGAAGGGAUGACAGAUAAGAACAAGGACCAACUGCUUAAGGAUAUAUUGAACCUCGUUAACUCAAGCAGCAACGGUUUUCUGCAUACCCUUUUCCCCAACCAAGUGAACCAGGAUGAUAAGCGACGUCCGCCAACCGCCGGUGACAAGAUUAAGGCAUCUGCAAAUGAUUUGGUUAACACAUUAGCCAAAGCCCAACCCUCGUAUAUUCGAACAAUAAAACCAAACGAUAACAAGUCCCCAUCCGAGUAUAAUGUUGGAAAUGUUAUGCAUCAAAUCAAGUAUCUUGGUCUGCAAGAAAACGUCCGAAUAAGGAGAGCUGGUUUCGCCUACCGACAGACAUUCGACAAGUUCGUUGAGCGAUUCUAUCUCCUGUCUCCUAAGACCUCCUAUGCUGGUGACUACACCUGGACCGGUGAUGCGGAAUCCGGCUGCCGACAAAUCUUGAAAGAUACAAGUAUCCCAGCUGAAGAAUACCAGAUGGGUGUGACCAAAGCUUUUAUCAAAACUCCUGAAACUCUUUUCGCCCUAGAACACAUGCGAGACCGUUAUUGGCAUAACAUGGCUAUCAGGAUACAGCGUGCAUGGCGCAAUUACCUGAGAUAUAGAACUGAAUGUGCGAUUCGCAUCCAACGUUUCUGGAGGCGUGUUACCGGUGGUCUAGAGUUCAUAAAGCUCCGAGACCAGGGCAAUAGAGUACUAGGCGGAAGAAAGGAGCGUCGGCGUUUCAGUCUUCUCGGUUCAAGGAGAUUCCUGGGCGAUUAUAUUGGUGUUGGGAAUAAAGGUGGAUUUGGAGAGAUUGUUAAAGAUUCCAUCCAUCUUUCAAGUUCCGAAACAGUACUUUUCUCCUGUCGUUGUGAGCUCUUGGUUACAAAAUUCGGUCGAUCGAGUAAACCUGCGCCACGGCUUUUGAUCCUGACCGCAAAAAACGUUUAUAUCGUUGUUCAAGCUGUUGUGAACAAUCAGCUCAACAUAUCCGCUGAGCGGACCAUCUCGCUAGGCGCAAUCAAAGCUGUUGGAACAUCCAAUCUUAAGGAUGAUUGGUUUUCAAUAGUCGUCGGUGCUCCUCAGGAACCAGAUCCUCUAUUGUCCUGUGUACUCAAGACCGAAUUCUUCACUCACCUUACGAAUGCCUUGCGCGGACAGAUGAACUUGAAGAUUGGUGAUGUGAUUGACUUCAAUAAGAAACCUGGGAAGAUGGCGCAGGUCAAAGUGGUCAAGGAUCCAGCUAUACCCCGGGAUGAUGUGUAUAAGAGUGGAACUAUCCGCACAGGCCCAGGAGAGCCAGCAAACUCGGUAUCGAAACCAACACCACGACCCAAGCAGGUGGCCGGAAAGCCCAUCAGCAAGGGUAAACUUCUACGACCUGGCGGUCCAGGAGGCGGGCCAUCCAAGCUCUCGCAAGCCGCGGCCAAACCCAAGCCGCGUCCUGCACCACAGCAGCUUCCGGGAAGCGGUCAUCAGUCAACUCUCGAGUCGAGGCCGGUGCCCCAGCCUGCUGCUGUUGCUGCCGCUGUAGCAACGUCCCAUAACCGCGUUGGCUCUACAGCAUCACAGUCGCAGUCACGGCCGCCGCCGCCACCACCACCUGCUCCUCCACAGGCAGCCCCAGCGCCGAAGAAACCUAUGGCCAAAGUCCUGUAUGACUUCAACAGCGGGAAUACAAAUGAGCUGGCCAUCCGCCAGGGAGAGAUAGUACAGAUCGUCUCCCGUGAAACAAAUGGUUGGUGGCUAUGCAUGAACCCAAGCUCAGGGGUGCAGGGAUGGACGCCCGAGGCAUAUCUCGAAGAAGUGAAAGAGGCAGCUCCGCCUCCUCCUCCGCCGCCACCGGUAGCUGCCAGGGCUCCAGCUCCAGUCCCGACACCUAACGGCGCAGGUCGUGCCAGCGGAUCAGCGGCUGCAAAGGCGAAGCCUGCUCCUCCGGCCCCUCCAGCAAAACGGCCGAUUAACGUGCGCAAACAAAUCCCCGUAGCUCCACGGGACAGUGCCGUCAGCAUGAACUCUCAGGACUCGUCCGGCGCCAGUGGCCGAGCGACGCCGAACAGUAUGAACAAUGCAAGCUUGGCCGGUGGUCUUGCAGAGGCUCUACGGCAGCGCCAGAGCGCCAUGCAAGGGAAGAAUAACGACGACGACGACUGGUGA